AUGGAUUAUGUAAUUUUAAUUUGGGUAAUUGGUGCCAUUGCCCCUGUUCUGGGUUCCAAAUGUCUAUUUGCCCUUGUGGUUUCGCCGUUUACACGUUUGCCCCUAACAGAGUUCUCCGUCUGCCCUUCUGUUACGUUCCGUUGCAAUUUUCGAAAUAACAAAAGAAAUAAUUACUGUAGAGACAAACAUGCCCUUUACUUCCCAACCAUACCUUGGGAUGGCUCCCUGGCGGCGUCGGGCUAGCGGAGAGGCUGCGCGGUGGGGCGACCUUGAGCACGAGGCGGCGGCGACUCGAGAUGCUGCAUGGGCAGCCAUGCUCGCGCGCGGGCGGCUGCUGGUUCCAGCGCGGGCAGGAUCGCGUGGGCAGCCGGGAUCCUGCGCGGACGGCUGCUGGUGGUACAGCGCGGGCAGGAGGCGGUCGCUGCUGGUUCCAACGUGGGCAGGUCGGCAAGAGGCAAUGACCUUGAGCGCGACGCAGCAGGGCUCCACGGGCGGUGGCAACCUGCUCCACGCGACAACCUUGUCCACGCGGGUGGCCAACGGCUCCAAGGCGACGAGCAGAUCCAAGGCGUGUGGCAGUGGCAGCGAGUGGUCCCUGAGCUGACAUUGCGGAGUGCCGGGCAACGCCAUGGAGAGCAGCAGGUAACAGCGCACUCCCUGCAACCUAUUAACUUUAGAGCCUCAUCGUAGUGCAUGCUUUCAACAACUUGAUACAGCCUCUCAACGUAGUGCUAGCGUUCAACCUGCUGAGUCACUUGAGGUGGCUAGUGAUAGCAGUUAUGACUCAGAUGCUGCUGCUUCUGACAUUAACUCUAAAAUGGAUGAGUCUAACUAUGAUGGUGAUGAUGUAAUAAGCCUUGAUGAUGACGAGGACAUUGAACCUACAUUUUGUUAUGAUGUUGAU